AUGGCCAACAUCAACUGGCGGACAAUCAACAUUGACGCCUUGGAUCCCGACAGCCCCGCCAACUUCGACCUAAGCUCCCUCGCGCCCGCCGUUGAGCCCGUAUCCACGGCCGAUGUCCAGAACAACGCCCAGCAAAUACGGCAGCUUCUACGCGGUGGAGACAAUGAGGGAGCUCUUCAGGCAGCAUUAGAGAAGCCGCCAUACGGCGCCGACGACAAGGGAAAGGUACGUUGCGCCUCAAGCAUAGCUCCAGAGACAUGGCGACCCAAGCCUCUGAACCGGGAGCUUCAUAUCUUUCCAGAUAUGGACGACUCUGGUCACCGCCACAACCGCGUCUCUGGACUGGGGCUACCGACGACCAGGUUGGCGACAUUACACAAUACACCACCACAACCCAAGACCACAAGCUGA